AUGGAACCUGCGUCCACACAAGAUGCUGCUGCCACAGUGGAGCAGGACACCAAUGAGGAAAGCCUAGAAGAUUGGGACUCUACCAGGAACCUGCUAAUUCCCACCUCUGCUAUCCCAUGGCCAGCAGAGUACACAGAUUCUAUCCUUGGGGAUGAAAAUUCUUCUGGAGUAGACCCCACCCUGGAAUCCACCGAGUCCAAUGGUAACCAGGAUGGAAACUGCAGUUCAGAUAAGGACUGGAGCUCCAUUUACCCUGACACUGAAGGAACACAAGACACAUCUUUCAAUCCGCACCUCCUACUUGUCCCUCCCUUGUUCGUGAUCCUCCAUGCAGAUUGGAACACGGCAGUGGCUGAAUGGGGACUGGCUUGGGACCUCCACGUUUAUGGAUUAGGGUCACUCUUUGGCCUUGUAACAGUCAUAUCUGCACUUGGUAUCCUCUGUCUUCCCUUCAGAUCUCCACCAGGCCUUGGUUAUUUCAUGGUCCUCAAUGGAUUGCUUUUUCUGACAAGCUCAAUAAGAACUUUUAUCUUCCUUUAUGAUGCCUACUGUUUCCAGCAUAAAUUACCUACGAUUGUUGCCUUACUUCUCUAUGAUUUGGUCUUCCCUUGCCUUACUUCUGCUUUUGGAGUCAUAAUCCUAGUUCUGACACUGAAGUCUGGGACGCAAGCAAUGGCAUCAAGAUUCCAGCGUUCAUGCUUCCUAACUACAAUUGUCUUUCUCCACUUCACACUCACUGUGAGCACAAUUCUGGUCAUCACUCUGCUAAAUCAAGCUCCAUUCCUCCUCUUCGUAUCACACGGUAUCUUUGUGGUUUUGGUGACUAUUUUGUCUAUCCUAUAUUUCACAUUUUACUGUCAUGCACGCAUGGUUGGCAUGCAGGUCUACAGUAUGAAGACUUCAACACCUACCCUGGAGACUUUGAACACCGGGCCCUUCAGAGACACAGAGCAUUGGGGAAGAGUGGCCAAGUUGGCCAUUUGGACUGCAGUGUUCGGCUUGACCUGCGCUGCCUUGCAGUUAUAUGCUAUUUUGUACCGGCUAGGCUUGGCCGGAGACCAUGUUUCCCAGCCUUGGCCUUGGUGGAUUUUCCAUUUUGGUACCAGUUUGUGUGAGGUGGCGAUGUGCCUCACUAUGUCUCUUAUUGGUAUCUAUCCAUUGUUUUGCAUUCCUAAAACUCCAAACCAUAACCGUUGGACAAAAAUGUUCUGCCUUUCUCCAACUCAUGCAUCCAUGAAAGCCCCUAUACUUUCAAAUGCCUAUCAAUGGUCAGCUUCCCACCAGGAGAAGCCAUUGAGCUGUGAUGCGAUUGUCCGAAAUGAAUCAGAAUGCCUUCCCCUCUACACCAUGUCUGACAACCAAUUGAGCAGUGGUGAGGAGAUCAACCUGAUCUAUCACAACAGUGAGACCAGUGAAGUAAAAAACCUGGACUUCCAUUUAAAACAUGGAGGAUCCUCCAGGACCUCCUCCUUCAUCAGUGUUCAAAUGGACAGUGAUUCCACUGUUGAUCUAAGACCCCCUUCACCUAUUAACUUAGGACGUAGUAUAGACGAGGCUCUUUUCAGCGAGGCCCUCAUUCCUGAAAGUCUCUUUCAUUGGUCAAGACUACACAGUUCCAGUAAUAUGUCGCUCUGUGGGAACAGAUCUAUGCCAAGCAGCAGUGAAGUCUUCAAGGAGAAUGCAGCUGACAGAGGAUUGUAUCGGACAUCAUCUUGUGCUGGGAUGGAGAGAACAGAGGUUGGCAGGGGUAUCACCAGCACCUUCAAGAAGCUCAACAUGAUGCAAGCUUUGUCUUCAGAAAGAUGGGAGGACAGUUCUGCAAGCUCUGUCUGCAGAGCAUCACAAGAUGGAUCCUCAUUGGUGCUUUGCUCCAGCCCUGAGCGGUGGGGCUUCUCAACUAUUGGUUCCGAGCAUAAAUCUUUCAGGAACUCCUCUCAAACAAGCCUUCAUGGUAUUCCCCAGUUAUCGAGACAGUAUCGGGCUCUGUCUUCUCCAGAGACCAUGGACAAUAAUGAUCCCCCGGAUUCCACAACGCAGGCUGAGUUCAUGAAGAUCUGCAGGCAAAUUGACCAGCUGAGUAUUAGCAGCGACACGAUAGAAUUGUGA